AUGAAGCUGGUAUCACCCUGGCAAGGACUUGGUCAAGAGGUGGGAGACGCAGUGUCGCAUGAUGCCACCCACGUUGAAGGGGGACAAGAUCCGGGUCACGAGAAGACCGUUGGGUUCAAGUCAGCUCACAGAGCCAUGGAGCCACAGAACAAAAAAAAGAGAAAGAUGAACAAGCGGAUAGUUGUUUGGGAACAACGACACUCGAGGCUGGGCCACGCCUGGACCCGCAAUCACAAGGCGGUCACCCCAACUCCUGAAGAGUCCCGUCUCCCGUCGCUCUCUCCGCUUUUUCUCCGUACAAGCCCUAGUGUGUACUCAGUUUAA